AUGAAAGGGAUUCGGUGUGUAUCGCGACGGAAAAGUAAAAGUUGUUUUGGUGUCUUGGUUAUUUCUUUAUUGUUAUUGAGUGCAUUCCAUUUUCGGAUUUUUAGAAGUUACCAGGGAUAUUAUGAAUUUAAACUUGAGAAAGAUAGUAACUAUAUCAGUAAGAAAGGUUAUUUUGAUGGAUUACCCAGUAUAACAUUAACUAUAAGAACUUCAAGUCAACCCAGGCUGUUACCGUUUCUGUACUGUACUGCCCUUAGAACAGCUGUAUUGUAUUGGUCACAAGAUAUAGGAUCCAUUGGAAUUAUUCUUGAUAAGGAAUCCAAUGAAGACGUUAAAAUGGCAAAAAGUCUCAAAAGUCACCAAGAAACCAUGGGUAUAAAUUUCGAGAUAUACUAUGAAGCUCUACCACAUGAUCCGACCAUUUUCACUAGAAUCGGACGUCGAUUUCCAGGUUACAACAGACAAAUAUUUUCCAGCUUUUUGCUGGAUUUAUUUAUAGAAACAGAUGUUAUAGCUUGGACAGACACUGAUGGGAAAUUUACCAGCCCAGUGACUAAAGAUAAUAUUGUUAAUAAUGGGAAAUUACGAGCCAAGGGAAUGGAUACAUUCAAAUAUACUAUCGGAUGGUCUCAACUGACAGAACGGAUGAUAGGUCAUCCUAUGAUCAGUGAUUUCAUGACGUAUUUUCCGGUAUAUAUAUGGACAGACACUGUCAAAAACUGCAGAAAACACAUCCUUAAACACAUGAAUGUAACAUCUUUAGAAACAGCCUUUAUGAAAACAGGACCAGGCGGUGAUCUUAGUCCAGUUAAUGUUAUAAUGACAUAUGCUUACUAUUUCGAACAUGAUAAAUACGAUUGGCAUCUUGACCUAAGAAGAAAAUCAUUAGAUGUUUACAACAAAAAACAUUAUAUAUAUAUAAUAAUGAGAUGA